AAAUUCCAAUUUUACCCUCUAGGGUUCGAAGGAAGCGAUCUGAUAUCAAGGUAACGCGGGCCUCCGUUCCUCUCCGCCGCCGCCGUAGUCGUUCCCCUCUCGCAGAGGUCCUGGUCUGAGGCAGGCAAGAGAAGCUCGUUUAAACAAUGAGCAAGUUGCAGAGUGACGUCCUGAGGGAAGCAAUCUCCCAGGUUGUUGGUGAUUCUCGGGAGAAAAAGCGUAAAUUCACUGAAACAGUAGAGUUACAAAUUGGGCUGAAAAAUUAUGACCCUCAAAAGGACAAGAGGUUCAGUGGGUCUGUGAAAUUACCCCAUAUUCCUCGUCCCAAAAUGAAGGUGUGCAUGCUUGGGGAUGCUCAACAUGUCGAGGAGGCAGAGAAGAUAGGACUGGACUACAUGGAUGUUGAAGGUUUAAAAAAGAUGAACAAGAAUAAGAAGCUGGUUAAGAAACUUGCUAAGAAGUACCAUGCUUUCCUAGCGUCGGAGGCUAUCAUCAAACAAAUCCCUCGGCUCCUUGGACCUGGUCUUAACAAGGCAGGGAAGUUUCCCACAUUGGUUACUCACCAGGAAUCAUUGGAGUCGAAGGUUAAUGAGACAAAAGCGAUGGUGAAAUUUCAACUCAAGAAAGUUCUUUGCAUGGGUGUUGCAGUGGGAAAUUGCGGGAUGGAGGAGAAGCAGAUCUUUCAGAACGUUCAGCUCAGCGUGAAUUUUCUUGUGUCCUUGCUGAAGAAGAAUUGGCAAAACGUGAGGUGCUUGUACCUGAAGAGCACCAUGGGGAAGCCAUACCGAGUGUUCUAACUGGCUGCUGGUGAUGGUUGAUGAAAUGGAAGUUCUACGCUAUUUGAUUUAUCAAGCAGCAAUGAAGAAAACUGAGAAUACCAAUCAAAAUUUUGCUUAUCAAGCAAUGCAGAAAGAUGGGAGUGUUUGAACACCAUCAAAGUGUGUUCUUAAUGUCUUGACAGACUUUGUGCAUCUGAUGCUUUCUUGUGGAUUUUUCUGGCUUCUCUGUGUAUCAUUAUUCCCUACUGAACCAUUAGUUUGUGUGUUAUCCCAUGAAAGUGGAACGAUAUUAACUUUA